GGUGCUGCUGUCGGUAGCUGCUGCUCGGGAUCUCUCCCACACAGCAGCAGCCGCUGGGCCGUCAGCUCUGCUGCUCGUUGUGUUCAGUGCCGGUGUCCGGGCUGUGACACCUGCACCGAAGUUGGGCUGCACUCAUCGCAGCCGCUACACUGCACGGGGAGCCGGGAGGAAGAGUGCGGGGAACUGCGCUAAUUGGGAGAGCUGUCAGAUUAUGCAGGUGGGUAAUCUCGGAAAAGUCAGGAGCAUAGACGGAACUGUCUAGGCAGAAGACUAAGCAGGGGCAGUCGAGUCUUCUCAGCAGCGCCGGACUGCCCAUCCAAGGGCCGAGUGGCAGUUGGGAGUUCCCUAACGUCUGGUGUGUAAUUGGAAGCAUUGCCUCUGGGUACCUUGUUGACGAUCACACAGGAAUAAUAAGAAGGAGUUCAUGACGAGCACUGGUGAACACCAGAGAAAGACACACUGAUAGAGCUGUGAGUCGGACCAGCCAAUGAUGGCACAUCAGCAAAUGGUUCUCCUUGGGCUCUUAAUGGUGAUUCUCAUGCCAGCAAUUGAGGGAAAUUCCCCUCUCCUCUCCAAGCAGCGCCUCAAAGUAAGAUUUCAAAGGGACCGAAGGAAUAUCCGUCCAAACAUCAUCCUCGUACUGACGGAUGACCAGGAUGUAGAACUUGGUUCCAUGCAAGUGAUGAACAAGACAAAACGUAUUAUGGAGCAAGGAGGCACCCAUUUUAUCAAUGCGUUUGUUACAACACCCAUGUGCUGCCCCUCUCGCUCGUCCAUACUGACAGGGAAGUAUGUCCACAACCAUAACACCUACACCAACAACGAGAACUGUUCCUCGCCAUCCUGGCAAGCACAGCAUGAGACCCACACCUUUUCUGUGUACCUCAACAACACUGGCUAUAGAACAGCUUUCUUUGGCAAAUACCUUAAUGAAUAUAAUGGGUCAUAUGUGCCCCCUGGCUGGAAAGAGUGGGUCGGACUUGUUAAAAAUUCUCGCUUUUACAACUACACACUCUGUCGAAAUGGUGUUAAGGAGAAGCAUGGAUUUGACUACUCCAAGGACUACCUGACGGAUCUCAUCACAAAUAACAGCAUUAGCUUCUUCCGCACCUCAAAGAAAAUGUAUCCACAUCGACCAGUAUUGAUGGUUCUCAGCCAUGCGGCCCCUCAUGGCCCUGAAGACUCAGCACCUCAGUAUUCCCAGAUGUUCUCCAAUGCUUCUCAACACAUAACCCCUAGCUACAACUAUGCGCCGAACCCAGACAAGCAUUGGAUAAUGAGAUAUACAGGCGCAAUGAUGCCUAUUCACAUGGAAUUCACCAAUAUGCUCCAGCGAAGGCGUCUGCAGACACUAAUGUCAGUGGAAGAUUCAAUGGAGAAGAUCUAUAAUAUGCUAGUAGAGACGGAUGAGCUGGACAACACGUAUAUAAUUUACACAGCUGAUCAUGGAUACCACAUUGGCCAGUUCGGGCUGGUGAAGGGAAAGUCCAUGCCAUAUGAGUUUGACAUCCGCGUGCCUUUCUAUAUCCGUGGACCCAACGUGGACGCAGGUUCUUUGAAUCCGCAGAUUGUGCUUAAUAUUGACCUUGCUCCCACAAUCCUGGAUAUCGCUGGCCUGGACAUUCCUCUGGACAUGGAUGGAAAGUCCAUAUUGAAGCUGUUGGAUACAGAGAGACCAGUAAAUAGGUUUCAUGUUCAAAAAAAAGUCAAAGUUUGGAGAGAUUCAUUUCUGGUGGAACGAGGCAAACUGCUGCAUAAGAGGGAGCCUGAAAAGGUGGAUGCGCAGGAAGAAAAUUUUCUGCCCAAGUAUCAGCGUGUGAAAGACUUGUGUCAGCGUGCAGAGUAUCAGACUGCUUGUGAGCAGCUCGGUCAGAAAUGGCAGUGUGUGGAGGACCCCACCGGAAAGCUGCGAUUACACAAGUGCAAGGGAAUGGCAAGUCUGUCCGCAGCCCCCAACAGCAAGAAGAAAUCUCCUAAUCUAAUGAGCAAUUACUAUACCACCAACAGUGAUGAAUGCAACUGUGACGCCAUCAGCUACAAGAUGGCGCAAAUGGGGCGACGCAAGAAGCUGUUUACAAAAAAAAAGUACAAGGCCAGUUACCUGAGGAACCGCUCUGCCCGCUCUGUGUCUAUAGAAGUGGCCAGGAAGAUCUUUAACCAGCACAUAGAGCAGGAGUAUCAGCCUGUGGAGAAGAGAAAUGUCAGCAAGAGCCAGGUGUCUGAGCUGGAUGAUGAUGAGGAUAAAGACGCAGAAGAUUUCAGUGGGACGGGAGGACUCACUAAUGAGCUUUUCAUACCCAGCUCUCUCAAAGUGACACACCGAUGUCACAUCUUACCUAAUGACACAGUGAAGUGUGAUCUAGAUCUAUACAAAUCUCUGCAGGCAUGGAAAGAUCACAAACUCCACAUCGACCAUGAGAUUGAAACAUUACAGAGUAAGAUAAAAAACCUGAGAGAGGUCAGAGGACACCUGAAGAAGAAGAGGCCGGAAGACUGUGACUGCAGUAAAAUCGGUUACCACAUCAAGCAUAAGAAAGGAAAGCUGAAGAAUAGGGGAAUCAUAAUUCACCCCUUUAAGAAAUCCCUGAAAGAACAUGAUAAAGUUUGGCUACUGCGGGAACAGAGGCGUAAGAAAAAGCUGCGGAAACUACUGAAGAGGCUAAAAAAUAAUGACACGUGCAGCAUGCCCGGCCUUACCUGUUUCACCCAUGACAACCAGCACUGGCAGACCGCCCCAUUCUGGACAUUGGGACCAUUCUGCGCUUGUACAAGUGCCAACAACAACACCUACUGGUGUCUGAGGACAAUUAAUGAGACCCAUAACUUCCUUUUCUGUGAAUUUGCCACUGGCUUCUUGGAGUAUUUUGACCUCAACAGUGAUCCAUACCAGCUGAUUAAUGCAGUAAAUACUCUGGGCCGUGAUGUGCUCAAUCAGUUACAUGUCCAGCUGAUGGAACUGCGGAGCUGUAAGGGGUCUAGGCAGUGUAAUCCUCGUACAAGCAGCGUGGAGCUUGGUCUUAAUGAUGAAAGUUUUGAACAGUACAAGCAACUUCAGCGUCGAAAGUGGCCAAAAACGAAGAGACCCACUUCUAAAUCCUUAGACCAGCUAUGGGAAGGUUGGGAAGGAUAAUCCUCCACGCUGGAAGCCAUUGCUAAAGAACUUGAAGCAUUGUUAACACUUGAAGCUGUCCAUCAGGAUUCUAGUAGACAAUUCUUCAGACUGAAUUGACUGUGGGUAGAUAGUCUGCACUGUGGAAAGAUUUAGAGACAGCAAAGCUACUUGUGACUAAUGAUGUGACCAGAGGUGCAGAUACCUCUCUAAAAACUCAAUUUUUGCACCUGUAAUUUUAUUUUUGCCUCAUACAUUCCUGCUGCCGGGUGGGUGGGAGAGGGGGGGGGGGGGGCUUCAUUUUUAAGCACCACUAUCAUGCCCAGAGCAGACAAGAGACACAGGAUCAUCCUUCAGCCAACUGUGGGAAACACUUUCUCCACUUGAAGAGACUAUGGGAGUGUCAUGGAUUGAGACGGAUACCACUGCUCGAAGUGAAGUGUACCCAUAAUAAAACCCAUGCGACAACAGUACGCAUAUCAAAAUACCACUAGUCAGGUAAAAAAAAACUAGCCAGACGUCCAUGUUAUGUAAAUAGGCACCAGUGCCUGACAGUGAAAUGGUGCUUGUUUGGGCAAUUGUGGGAUAAAAAACAAAAAACAAAAAAAACCCCACAAAAUAAAUAAAGACAUCAAUCCGAAUGGUUAAUUCUUGUUGCAUAAUAAAAUUUCAUAACUGAUCGACUUUUA